CGAUACGGCGAUGGAUAGCCAUCAUCAUCAUCAUCAUCAUCAUAAUCGCCCAGUUAAUCGAUUCAUUCGAUUUCUAUUUCAACCUAGCCAUGCAUCAAGUUUAGCUUUCAAUCGUAUCAUUAUCGGUAUUCUUUUAUUUAUCGAUACAUUUCAUGAACGUGGUCUAUCACGUGCCGAUAUUAUAUGGUCCGAAACGAUGAUCAAACAAAGAUGUCGAUUUCCAUUAUUCGAAUCAUUAUCAUUUGAUAGCAAUGUUCAACCAUCAUUUAUAUAUGCCAUUUACACUAUCAUGAUUAUCGGUUUGAUCGGCAUUAUACUUGGUUAUCAUUAUCGGUUAAGUACAUUUCUUUAUACAAUUACUUAUUGGAUAUUAUUGAUGCAAGAUCGAAGCCGUUGGAAUAAUCAUUCAUAUCUAUUUGGAUUGUUAGCUAUUCAAUUAUUAAUGAAUGAUUCAAAUCAUAAAUGGUCAUUAGAUUCAUUUUGGAAUAACCGUAAAAAUGAUGAUGAUGAUGAUUACAUUGAACAUUGGCAAUAUUUUCUACUUCGUUUUCAGAUAUUCAUUGUUUAUUUUUAUGCUGGUUUGAAAAAAUUCAAUCCCGAUUGGCUUUCAGGCUAUUCAAUGAUUAAUAUUUCACAGAAUUGGAUUUUUCGUUCUGCCAUGUUAUUAUCGAUACCUGAUUAUUGGAUCGAUUAUUAUCUCAUACAUUUAAUUGGUUUUAUUUUUGAUCUUUUUGUUGGUUUUCUUCUCAUCUAUCAACCAACUCGUUGGCUAGCAUUUAUUUUAUGUUCAAUAUUUAAUCUAAUCAAUUCACAAUUAUUUCAAAUCGGUAUGUUUCCAUGGAUAAUGUUGGCUAUAAUGCCUAUAUUUUGUCGGCCAGAUUGGCCAAUGAUAAUUAUUUGGAAACUUGGUAUGGGAAACAAAUUUUGUAACAAAAAUCCAAUCACCGAUAAUAGUCACUGUAACACUAAUGUUCAGAAUAAACAACAACAACAACAGCCACAACAUUUUCAUUGGAAUAUUCGUCGUAUUUUUGUUGCCAUCUUUGUCAUAUUAUAUAUCAUCAUACAAUUAACAUUACCAUUUGCAUUUCUAAUAUUUCGUGGUUAUAAUACAUGGACAACCGGUAUAUAUGGUUAUAAUUGGGAUAUGAUGGUACAUAAUUGGAAUCAUUUACAUACACAAAUCAAAAUUCGUGCCCAUGAUCGUCGUAAUAAUGAAACAAUCAUACGUUAUUUAGAUAGUGAAUCAUGGACACAUAAUAAUCGUUGGACACAUCAUGCUGAUAUGGCUAAACAAUUUGCUCGAUGUGUUGAACAAAAACUUCGAAUGAAUAAUGAUUAUUAUGAACAUAUUGAAUUAUAUCUAGAUGUAUGGACCUCAUUGAAUGGCCGAUUUGCACAACGAAUAUUUGAUCCAAAUGUUGAUUUAAUUCGUGCACAAUGGUCACCAUUUGAAAUGGCCGAUUGGAUAAUACCGAUUUAUCCACAAUCAAAUUAUUGGCGACAACGUUUAUUGAAUCAUUUUGAAUCAUUUGAUUCGAUCAUACGGCAGAAUGAACAAAAUGGUUCAUUAACAUUAUUUUUAGCUGAUCGUCCGUAUGAAUCAUUUCGUAGCUAUAUUGAUGAUAAUUUCAUUGAACCAAUACGAUUAAUCAUUUUUGAUCGAACAUUAAUGAUACGAAUGAGUAAUCAAAUGACAAACAAUGAAUUCCAUGAAUAUAUUCUCAUUGCUAAUGAUCAAUUACAGAUACCACCGGGUACAAUGAUUGAAUUGACAACCAUUGGUUCAAGUGAAAGUUAUUUUGCACUUUUAUAUCCACAUCAAUUAUCCAUCAAUAAUAAAAAUCAAUUAUCUGCAUUAGAUGAACAACAACAACAACAACAACAAUCAUCAUCAACAUCAUCAUCAUAUUCAGAAUUGAUACGAAAACGUAAUGCAUACAUUGCCAGUAUUAAACAUAUAGCUAUCGGUAUACAUUAUCUAAUCUGGGAUUGUAUCAUCAUAACCAUUACACGUUUAUUAUUCGAAACAAUUGAUCUAUUACGAUGUUUAUGUUGAUUAAAUUAAAUUUUAAACAUUA